AUGCGCAUUUUCUACCUUUUUUGCUCGAUUUUUGUUAGCGUCAAUGCAGUUAUACCAAAAUUACUACAGGCAAGACUGGAUUGGCCUUAUACAGACAGUGAAAUCAAAAAUCAUCUUUCAAACUGGAAGAAAAUAACGAGUAAGGACCCAGCUGAGCCAGAAAUAAAGGUUUUCCCGGAUGAUGCUCUGAGCCGUAUCCCUCGAUACACAGCAUGGAAUUCACUAGUAAGCCAAAGAAGAGACCGAAAAAAUGUCAAUAGAAUGCUGCGAAUGCUUCGAGGUUACUGA